ACGCAUUUCAUCUACUGUUAUCUGAACCACUACUCCAGGAUAGCUAUCACUGUCAUGCUUUCUGCUCGUGAUCGCGUUGUGGAUACGAACUUCUCUCGACAAAUGCACAAUAGAAUUGUUCAUAUUGCUGUCCAACUGUUCUCUGGCGAGGCUCUUGCCUUACGCCUUGUCAAAGAGAGAAAGUUUAUGCAUCUUCUUUUACGUUGCUUCGUUGGAAUGUUCAAAAAUUGUCUUACGGUUUGUCUUUUCUUUAUUUGA